AUGAGUCUGAAUUUCGUCUCCGGUGGUUAUGGAUCAAGCACAUCGCGCGGUGGACGUCAGUUUGAAGAGAAUCAAAAUCCCAGGCGUUGUACGUGCGAAAUUGACGGUAGAAGGUUGAGGGCUGUGAUAAUGACAUCGUGGACUGACGAAAACCCCGGUAGGAGGUUUUAUGGAUGUCGAAAUUGGAAGACGAAGAACUGUGGUUUUUUUUAUUGGCUUGAUGAACCAAUUAGCGAAAGAGGCAAGGAAGUUAUCAAUGAGUUGAAGCUCAUGAAGAUUAAGGAGAGCUCAAGCUCGGCACCCACUGAUAUGGAGCCGGAAAUUGUCAAGCUUUGGGAUUUUGUUCAAGCUUUGAAAUCAGAUUCAAACGAAAUUAAGAAGAAAGUUAGACUAGUUACUGCAAUGUUGCUUGCUUCUUGGAUCAUGUAUCCCUUUGUUUUGGAGAUGAAAUUGAAGCACAUUUUGGAUUAUAUGUUGUAA